GAGGAAAUGAUGUUAGAGAAAAUACUAAUUCACGUAUCUAGGCUGUUUUGCGAUAGUUUAUUGUGAAAGCAAGAUAUUACAUUUUUAUUUUCGCUAUUUACGUGUGAUAAUUAUAUUGUGCAAGCCGCAAUGGCGAUGCAAGGUGGGACUGCACUUCAGGAGAAGGUCAGUCGGAUGUUGAGCAGAAAGCAUAAAAAGCCGGUUCUGAAACCCAACAAGCCGCUUGUUCUGAAAGAUGAGGUCGCCAACAGGAAAAUUAAAAAAGGGGAGGCCACAUGUGUCACAGAGAUGUCCAUGAUGAUGGCGUGCUGGAAGCAGAACAACUUCGUCGACACCCUCUGCUCCAAUGAAAUGCAGUCCUUCUAUAAGUGUGUUGAGAAAGCCCAGAUUGCAGUGAAAAACAAAUCAGAGCAACACACCAUCGGCCAGAGUGGACGCCUUCAACCCAAACAAGCUACUAUCCUGCUGAAAAGAUACCCCAACUUACACACAGAAAUCUAGGACAACUCCCAGCCAUACUACGAUGUAUUAAUUGACAAAGGUUGUGGGCCAGAGAAUCUUAACCACCCUGCCCACUGGCCUCUGUUAUCAUGCUUGGCCUUUGUGGCCAACUGAGGUCUCUGCUGGUUCUUACGGUAAAGAGGAAGUCUCUUAGAUCACAGAAACAUCACCAAUGUUCCACGAAUGCCAGACGUGAUUAAUCACCAAAGUGAAUUAAGUGGAUUUAUUGUGCUGCAGAUGCACUUCCUGUGAUUGCCAUGUUAAAUUGAGUAUGCUGUUAUAGGUCAUCAUAUAAAACAGUACCAUUAAAAUGGCUUCAGUCACAAAA